CUCUGUGUCUAAUGCAAAGUGUUUUGCUGUUUUCUUUUCAGUUGCUCAGGAUGCAGAACUUCGUGACUGUGUGUGUGUUGCUUUUGCUCAGCUUUUCUGUCCAUGCUCAUGUCGUGGAUAACUUUGAGAGUUGUAAAGAAUACUUUUAUGAAGGCUUUGUUCCUCAAGGACUGACGUCUGGCAACGACGUCUACAUCUGCCAGCGCUAUAAUAAUAAGUACCACUUUGCCACGCUGUACGACACCGCCCACCGCAUUCCUGUCUACUCAGCUUAUGUGUUUGAGAGCAACGCAAAAACCAAACGGCGGAGAAAGUGGUUUGUAGAACCUCAGCUGGCUGACAGGUCGUUGGCUAUGAAGGAAAUGAAGACCCAGGGGGAGAUGAAGGUAAAGAACAUAUUAAAAAUAGAAGAUAAACAGGCUGUGGAUGCAGAUUAUGACAGCCUUGCUCCUUCAUGGCUGUAUGACCACGGACACCUCAACCCCUGCGGACACCACGCAGAAGAGGGUUGCGCGGCCACUUUCACUUUGACCAAUGUUGUUCCUCAGAACAAAAAGCUAAACAACGGCCCCUGGGCGGUUUAUGAGACCAGCAGCAAAGAGAUUUUCAAAAAAUGCAAAACUGCUUUUGUUUUGGUUGGAGCGAUUCCUUCUGAAGCAAACUGGCUGCAGAGAGGAGGCGUGAACCGCGUCAACGUCCCACAGUCCCUGUGGCAGGCGUUCUGCUGCGUGGACAAGAACCAGCAGGCCUCCAGUGGAGCCGCCAGAGCACAGAACAUGGACACGCAGGUGGAGCGGGUCGCCCUGGCAGAACUCCAAGAGUUCCUCAGAAAAAAACUCAAUAAGGCAGAAGCCCCCAAGCUGUUUGCCAACAACUGUGAGGCAGUGAAGAAGCCCUGAACGUGUUGUCACUACCUGUGGUGGAAAUGUCCCAUAAAGAGGCAGAUGAGA